AUGGAGAGCUGGCACUGUUUGCUGCUGCUGCUGAGUUUAACCACUGUGGAGGCCACCGAAAACAAUGAUGACAUCGACCGUGUCAGCUUUCUGAGGAGUCUCUACCCCAGGCUGCUUGUGAGAGACGAGUCAAUCAACCUUGAGAUAAACUCCCUGAAAGAUCUGGGACGCCCUGAGGUCCAACACAAGGUCAGAGAGGUCAGUCGGGGGGUUAACGGGGCUCCUGGACCCGUGGUGAAGACAAAAGAUGGCCAGAUCAAGGGGAUUACGGUGGACAAGGCGCAUAUUUUCUAUGGGGUCCCGUACGCAGACCCCCCUGUUGGGGCGUACCGCUGGAAGCCACCCAGACCUGCGAGUCCCUGGCUGGGGGUUUAUGAUGCCUCAUUCCCCAGGGAUGCAUGCAUGCAGGCCUGCAGCGGACCCAUCACUGAGGAGUGUCCGAGGAAAGUGAGCGAGGACUGUCUGCACCUGAACAUCUUCGUCCCCCUGGAUGUGGACUUCCUCUCCCCUCUGGAGGUCCCCCUGCCCAUCCUGGUGUGGAUCCACGGGGGGGAUUUCAUCGCCGGCUCGGCCUCCAAGCCGUUGUACGACGGCCGCUUCAUCAGCAACUUCACGCACACGGUGGUGGUGAGCCUGGACUACCGGCUGGGUGCUUUCGGGUUCCUCGUUUCCGGCAAAAACCCUCACUCUGCAGCAGCAGGGAAUUAUGGGAUACUGGACCAGCAGGCGGCUUUACUCUGGGUCCAACGCAACAUCGCAGUGUUUGGAGGGGAUUCCAGCAAGGUGACGGUGUUCGGGGAGAGUGCCGGAGCUCAGUCCGUCAGCCUCCACCUGAUGAUCCAGAGCAGCAGGACUCUGUUCAAACAGGCCGUCCUGCAGAGCCUGCCCUUCUCCAUCCCUCUGAAGACCAGACAUGACGCCCUGAAGCUGGGGAAGGACUUUGCCAAACAGACAAACUGCUCUGUGAGCGACGUCAUCUGCCUGCUGUCUCUCAGUCCACAGGCCGUCCUCGCCGCCCAGAUGAAGACAAGCUCCAAGAUCGUGAACCCGUUCAGGUUCCUCGAGGUGUUUGAGACGUGGGGUCCGUACAUCGAUGGGGAGUUGAUAAAAGAGCAGGCUGUCACCGCCUUCCUGAAGGGCCACUGGCAGAAAGAGAAGCCCGUUCUACUGGGAACGACCUCAGAGGAAGGCGUGAUCUUCGCCUACGGUGUCUUCAACAAGCCGGUGUCUGCGUUGGAGAGCACCGUUUACGUCACGGCCAUCUUCAAACAGCACGCCCUGCGCAUCCUGCACAAAUACCUGCCGCUGUACCGGACUGCCGACCGCAGGGACAUGCUGGCUCAGAUCGUCACAGACUACGUGUUCCUGUGUCCGUCCCGGCGGUCAGCACGAGCCGGUGCUGCGGCGGGUAGCGCGGUCUGGAUGUACGUGUUCGACCACGUGGCCUCGGACCAUCGAGUGUGGUCGGGUCUGACCUUCUGCUACGAUCACGCCUGCCACGGCGCCGAGCUGCCCUUCCUCUUCGACUCCGCCUCGGUCGCCAUUACUCUCUCCAUACCGGAGAAGCUGCUGUCCAAUCGCAUGCUGUGCUACUGGGGGGCUUUCGCUCACGUCGGCGACCCCUCCUCUCGGGCUCAUCAGACGGCCUUCUGCAGGGAGCAGCGUCUGCCCGUUUGGCCGCGGUACUCCGACACCAGCAGCUGGCUGGUCAUGAACCUAACGGUGCGCUCACAUGCACAAGUGGGAACCAGGAAUCAUAUCUGUGACUUCUGGGACCAUCUGGGCAUCUAUUAGCGAAGUUUCUUUAGGUCACCAGAAGGAAUGCAUUUCUCUCUAAAGUCUAACCCUUUCUACUUUACACACGUGUGCUUUUAUAGAGCGGUGCAGGAACGAGUCCUAAAACCCGGGAGUGAGUUAGCAUUUGACCCCUUCCGGUUCCCUCGUCUCAGUCAGUGGGAUUUCUCCGUAGGAUUUUGGAAAUUAGCUUAAAAACGAGGUCUGUGGCUGACACAAAUUCAAGAGACGGGUCACGUUUUGUUCCACGAUUCUGGUGAAGAGUGUACGUGUCUGAAAAACGACGGUUGUUCACAAGUGGCUGAAUAGGACUACAGAAGUUAACACGCAAACACUAAGUUUGGUUGCCCUGUUCUGAUUGAAAGCAAGUACCUGCGCUCUUGCAAACUCUUAAAACAAAUGCUUCAACAUGUACAAUCCUGAAUCUGUAUUUCUGAAAGUCAGUUGAAAGGAUCUUAAAUUGGCGUGACGUUGAAGUCGUGCGACCCCGCUGUACUCGUCUGUAAUUCGUAUAGAGCAGGGGUGUCCAAACUUUUUUCACAGAGGGCCACAUACAGAAAAAUAUACGGACAGCUGGGCCACUUAUAGAGGUGAAUAUUGUCUCAAAACUUAAGUUAUAAGUUAGCAAAACAAAUCAAAUGUAGGUGAAUAAUGCGCAAUACUUGAAAACGCUUUCAGAAAAAAGCGUUCUGUCUUUAGGGCUUCAUUUAUUCUGUUGGCAGCUCAUUCCUUAAAACAGAAGCCCCAGAUUGCUGAUAAUAAGAGUAAAUAUGGAGGUUCAAUUUCAAGUUUGUUAUAGAAAUAAGUUAUUGGGAUUUUUAUUAUCAACUCAGAUGUGUUAGAAAAUGUUUAACAUUUGAAAUGACUGAUUUUAUUUGAAAAUUGGGCUCAUUGAUAUAUCUGAACAUAUAUAUUUGAGAAGUACAAAAUAAGACGAGCUCAUUUGUUUCAUUUGUGGGCCAUGUUCCAUUAUACUUUUAGAAAUGGCAGGGGGCCGAUUCAAAAUGGCCUGCGCGCCGUAUUUGGCCCCCGGGCCGUAGUUUGGACACCCCUGGUUUAUAGCAUAAAGUUAGCAUUUUGCUUCUGGAGAUUACAUUUAUGACCGAAAAGGAUCAAAGUAGGUAGACGUGGAGAUUAUCCGGCUGCAGGUUCGUUUUCCACAGAUCUUAUUUUUUACAAUAUUCCAAAAUCCUCUGGAGACAUCGCAUCGUUUUUUUCCCGACGGAACCCAUGCAGCUUACUUCCGGGUCGGCCUACACAAAUACGUCAUCCCUGCGCCACUCUGUGGGGGGUCCAUCAGGGUAAAGAUAGGUUUGAAGGUUGUAAAUGUAUACGUGCCUUUCCUGAAAGUAUGGAGGCAAGGAGAACGGAGCCUCAGUUUUGAGAACAAUAUCUCUGUCAAUAGAACAUUUUGCAGAAAGUAGUGGACCCGGAGUCAGGUCCAGGCUUCACAAAAAGAACCAGAUGUGAGCGCAACCUUGAUUUGUAUGCCUGGAAAAGAUCCUGCACUUGUUGUAGUUAAAUCAAACUGUGGGCAGAACAUCUAAUGAAUGCUGUGAUAAAAGCUGUUAGUGAUCAGCUGUACUUUGUGCUUGAACUUUGUGACAGUGUUCCGAUAAGUCUAUCAAAAGAUCUCAUUGGUGUUCAGGCCCAGUUUUCGACGUCUGUUAGUCACUCUGUCCAACGUGUCUGUCAAAUAAAAAAUACCCAAAGCUA